GUCACGUGACUACCUGAGGUUACAGUCAUAUGAUUUGAAAGUUGCAAAGGCUCCUUGACACUUUCAUUCGCCUUGCUUUCUCCUCCUUUGCUUCAUUUUAGCAAGAAAUCUAGGCCAAAUCGCGUCCAACGCUCCCGAAAAAUAUGCUUUGUUGCAUUCUCUUGGGUUUCCUUGCGCCCUUCUUUAUCCAAGUAGAUGCGCUUUAUGAUCCCGACGAAGUGACAAAUCUUCCCGGACUGUCAUUUAAGCCUAAUUUCAGGCAGUGGUCGGGAUAUCUGCAGGCAUCCCCUGGAAAGUACCUCCACUACUGGUUUGUAACAUCACAGAGGGAUCCUGAGAAAGAUCCAUUAGUACUGUGGUUGAAUGGAGGACCUGGCUGCAGUUCAUUGGAUGGAUUUUUGUCUGAAAAUGGACCUUUCUAUGUCAGUGAGGACGGAGUCAACCUUUAUAUGAAUCCAUACAGCUGGAACAAAAUAGCCAAUGUGUUGUACCUGGAGUCUCCUGUGGGCGUAGGAUUCUCAUAUUCAGAUGAUAAAAAUUACAGCACCAAUGAUGAUGAGGUUGCAGAAAAUAAUUAUAAAGCUCUGCAGAGUUUUUUCAACAAGUUCCCAAAUUUUACUUUAAAUGAUUUCUUCGUUUUUGGAGAGAGUUAUGGAGGUAUUUAUGUACCAACCUUAAGUAUGAAAAUUGUGACUGGGAGUUCAAAGAUCAACUUCAAGGGUUUUGGAGUUGGCAAUGGAUUAAGUAGCUAUGAUCUCAAUGACCAGUCAGCCAUCUACUUUGGAUACUAUCAUGGCCUCUUCGGAGAUGAGUUGUGGGCUAAUUUGAAUAAGUACUGCUGCAAAGAUGGGAUCUGCAUUUUCUACAAUAGUACCGUAAAAGAAUGCAUGGAUUCGGUAAUGCAGGGAUUCAGCAUUUUGUAUGAUAGUGGCCUAAACAUGUAUGCCCUCUACUUGGAUUGUGCUGGUGGUGUUGGUCCACACAUUCGCUAUAUUAGAGACAUGGAGAAUCUGUUUAGGAAUUACAAAUCUUACUGGACUAAAAAACAGGCUAAUGAAAAAAGUCUAAAGUUAAUCCCACCUUGCAUCAAUGCCACCGCCCAAACUAACUGGCUGAACAGAGGCGAUGUACGAAAGGCUCUUCAUAUUCCAGAUGUCCUUCCACCAUGGGAGCUGUGCAGUGAGACUGUUGGAAGCCAAUACGUGAGAAAUUACACAACUAUGGUGGACUUCUACUUGAAAUUGCUGGAUCAGCACCUGAGAGUAUUGGUAUACAAUGGAGACACUGACUUGGCAUGCAACUUCCUAGGGGACCAAUGGUUUGUUGAGGGGCUUAACAUAACGGAAACCACAAAAUACCAGGUCUGGCUUUAUGACAAGCAGAUUGCAGGCUAUUAUCAGCAGUUCAGAAACAUCACCUUCCUGACUGUAAAGGGUGCAGGACAUAUGGUGCCACAGUGGGCACCGGGCCCAGCAUUGAAAAUGUUCCAGUCGUUCCUAACAAAUUCUCCCUACUGAUCGGAGCUACUUCUUGGAACUUACAUCAUUUAACUUAACAACAUGAGAAUCUAAAUUAACUCAAGCUAUUUCUGUAUUGUUACUGAGUUACUUGAUUCAGCAUUUCUGUAUAUUUACUUUUCAAAGCAGCUCCUAAAAUUCACUUCUGUAAUAAUAGAUACUCACACUGUAAUCGUUUUGUGGAAAUUGCAAGCAUUGCUCAACUCACGGCUCAGCUGGACACCGUCUGUGGUUUGCACAUUCUCCCAGUGUGUGAAUAUUUCCAAGUAUUCCCAUUUUCUUACACUUCCCAUUUUUAAUUAGAUUUUUCUUUUUAAAUUGACUCAGUAUGAAUGUUUGUGAGUGUGAGUAUAAGUACUGUAUGUCAUUUCCUGUACACGUGUCUAGUUCAGGAAUGGUUCAAAAGAACUGUUGGAAUAAAGUAUGGUGUCCUUUACCCUCAUAAUGGAUCAUACAGGCUUGGAAGAAAGGGAUGAAUGCAUGUACAGAAUGUGUUGGUAAGUGCCUUAAGUGAACUGCAAUCCUAGUUCUAAGGAAAUGUUGUAAAGCAAUGAAUUUAACUCUGAAAGUAAGAAUUAAUUAUAAUAAAUGUAACAAUAUAGUGAAUUUUAAAGAAAUUUAGGGAAGGAGUAAAAAAAGGAAAUCAAGAAUUUUCUUCUAUAAUUAUUCCUUACAUCUGCAACUUUUGCAUGUCUGACACAGUAACAUAACAUGUAAUUCAUGCAGUUUUUAAUUUUAGGUAAUACCAGAUUAAUCUUCUAUAUUUAUAAAAUAUACCUUUUUUACUAAAGACACUUGCCCUCCAUGACUGUUGAGUACUUGAACGUUAAAGUAAAAGUUAAGAAAGAAAACUAUUUUUUUACCUCAAAUUAAAGAAUAUUUACUGCCUGCAUGAUUGUAAUAAUUUCUAUAUUUUGAUGAUUGAAUUUAUAAUCUACUGUAUGUGGUCUAUCUCAUCCUUUUUCUCUUUGUGCCAUUAUUGAAUGGACAGUAGUUAUAUAAUGUAAUAUUACCACAUUUGGCAUAUAAUUUGUUGCUUCUAUGUUAUGGAUAAUGUAUUCUGAGGUUUUUCAAAUAAGGCAGACAAAAGUUUAGCAGUAAAAUAAUUAUACUCACUAAUCAUGGCACUAGAGAAUGGUGAUGUCUUGCAUGUUGAUUAACACAUACAAGUAAGAAUUUCACUAUACUCUGUACACAGGACAUUAAUACCCUACAAAUCUAUCGGUAUGAUUUAUUAUGUUUAUUAGUUAAUUUGUUUAAAAAAUCAAGGUUUGAACAAUAAAACAACAAAAGAGACUGUCAUAGUCCCCUUGUCAAACUAGCAAUUUAGCAGUAAAACCUGAGAAGACAUAUAAGAUGAAAUAAUGUAUGUAGAUGUGCCACAUAAAUAAAUAUAUUUCACAGUUUAAAAUAAACAAUAGCCCCCUGUGACCCUGAAUUAGACAAAGUGGGUUUGAGAAUUAUAUGUUACUAAUCAUUCUGACCACAUUUUGAAAAGUUUGUAGUCAGUGUGCUGCUAGUGACUGUGAACUGAUCCACUCUAAACAGAAAUAUAGGAAACUGUAAAUCAGAAUCAUUUAACAUUCUCAGAGUUCAGGUGACCACAGCCUCAUUCUGUGCACAUUACAGCUGCAUUACUUGUUUGGGGUUUUUAAACCAUGAGAGAAAUUUGUUUCAGCAAUAUGACUUAAUGCCACAAACCUGCAUGCUCAGUCCCCAGGUUUAACACAUAACAAUUGAUAAAUCGCUUUUUCUACUUGUAUUCUAACUGUAGUUUUCUUGAAAUGAAACUUCCAAUGCUUGUAAAUUGCUUUGAAAUGUUCAAUAAAACAGAUUCUUUCUUCCGCUUUAA